ACUCUGAGGCGGAGAACACGAUGUAUUUCUUUGGCGUGUUCCUUCUGUGUAUCUUGUCCGCGAACGGUUUGGAGGAACCAAGGCUCGUCUACCCUCGGCUCCUCGAGGAACGGUCUUCAGACGGAGCGAUGGUGAUGCGGGUGCACGACCAACUGACGCUGAACCUUCGGAAAGCGUCGGUAGCGGCGCCCGAAUUGCGAGUCCUCACGGAAGAAGAUGGAAAGACUGUCACGCACAUUUACAACGGCGAAGACAUCGAAAAGGACCUGUUCGAAGACGAAGACAACAUUGCCACAGUAGCUGUGACCAGAGACGAGUACGGCGUCCAUAUGAACGGACUGGUGGGCCCGAAGCACAGGAUCGAGCCAAUGCCGGUCGCAGGAAGAUCGGUAGACGGCUUGGUUCCUCACAAGAUCUACGAAAUCGAGCAGCAUGAAAUGUUGGACAGAACUCUACGGCACACAGAGAAAGAAGAAAAGCCUGUUAUCAGCGAGCGGUGGAAUCAGCAACCGACGAAAGUGCCGGACUCAGUUCAGAUCGAACUAUUCUUCGUUGCGGACGGACCACAUCACAGACACUUCCCUUCAAACCAGGCAAUGUUGCUGUACCUGUGCGUCAUGACUAACUCUGUGGGCCUCAGGUUCCGAGCAGCCAAGGAUCCUCGGAUAUCAGUGAUCGUCACCGGCGUCGAGAUGUCCGUGACCGAACCAUACGCCGAUUUGUACCCUCAAAAUACGAAUUAUAUAUACGAUCACGGAACUCUGAACAAAUUUAGGCAAUACGCUUAUAACAACACGCAGAAAUACGAUUAUCCGGAUGUCGUGUACCUUAUCUCCGGGCGCGACGUGUACGCAGUCCUCAAUGGCCAAGCUACCGUAAACGGCUUGGGGAUCGGGUUCGUGUCCAGCGUCUGCACCAGCUCCUUUGUGGCACUCGGCGAAGACAAGCCGGGACUGUACACGGGCAUGCACACGCUUACACACGAACUCGCUCACGUUCUGGGUUCGGAGCACGAUGGGGAAGCACCUAAGAGUGUCGGACAUCCGGGUGCCCUGGGCUGCCCGUGGGACAACGGGAACAUCAUGAGCUACAUCGACAAAGGUCCCAGCCACCACCAGUUCUCAGCGUGCAGUUUGUUACAGAUGCAGUACGUCCUCAGGAGAGCGGGACCGAUUUGCUGGGCCGUCAGAAGCACGGGAUACGUGGUGCAGGCUACAUACCCCGGCAUGAUAGUCUCUCAGUUGGCAUACUGCAGAGAGGUGGUACACGACGCCACCGUGACCAUCGAAUCGUACAGUGUCAUCGAAACAACUUGCAAAGUUCGCUGCGUGUUCUACAAGCUUGAAAGGGUGUUGCGGAACAGCUACUACAGCUACGAAAAGCGACGUUUCUACAUGGACGGCAACGCUUUAGACUACACGACCUGUGGCGGCAAUAAGGUUUGCAUACAAGGCAUGUGCGUAGCGAAGCCUAAAGAGCCAGCGGCGCCACCGACUAAGAAAUACCAGCCCGUCACGGUCAACUCUUCGACCAGAGCCCCCACUAUACCCACAGCUAUGACCACUCCACGAUGUCCUCCCUGCAACUGCAGCACCACAGCACUAUCUGGGCAGAAGGUGCGCUAUCCACGAAGAAGGACAUGAAUGCAGAGCAAGGAAUCGCGACCGUAGACUCGGCAGGAAAGGAUAAUUCACAUAACACGUCGAUUAAUAAAGACGGUAGCUGAGAACAAUAAACGGA